AUGAUUCAUACUGUCGCUAAAUAUUUACUUGCGGCAUUCCUUGUUUCAACGUACAAGACUUUGCCCUUCGCAUACUUGUUCAGAUUUUACUAUCGACUUGCUGUAAACUUGGCAAUACCCAGAAAGAGAUAUCUUCUGAAUGGGAAGCAGAAUACUUUCGGAAUCACUGGAAAGACUAAUAAGUUGGAUUUGUUUGAGUACACCACUAUGAAAACUUACGUUUCUCCAUUGGAACUUGAUAUGAACUUGCACAAAUCCAAUUCCACGUAUUCUGUUGAUUUGGACAUUGCCAGAACGAACGUUGUUACCAAAGUUUUCCAAAGAUUCUGGUAUAAAUACUACGACAAUGAAACUAAGGAAUUUAAAGGUUUAUCAUUGUCAAACAUGCCAUAUGUUCCGGUGGCUUCAAUUCAAUGCAUCUUUAAGAAAGAAUUGAGAUUAUAUCAAAGAUAUAAUGUAAAGAGUCAGAUUUUUGCAUGGGAUGAAAAGUGGAUAUUCGUGUUGUCUAAAUUCGUAUUGCCCGGAUCAGAAAAAUUGUGCUCUAUUGCUAUAACCAAGUAUGUUUUCAAAAAGAAGCGGAGAAUAACUAUCAAACCAGAAGAGAUCAUUAGAGAUUGUGGAUUGUUGAAUGAUGAAGUAGUAAAGGUCAACAAGAGGAAUUACGAAAUGGUCAAAUAUAUGUCCUCAACUGAAGACUUAGAGAAGAUAUGUGACCAACUUUAA